GAUAACGCUGUCGUGAUGUUCAAUACUUCGGGAAUUGAGUUCACUUUUAACAAGAAGGAGGAUAUUUCCGAAGUUAUCAAUGGAACCCUGGAGCUUCUCUACAACGUCCUCGUCACCAUCGGUCCUACCGCCAUGUGGAACGAGUCGUGCGGGGAGCAGCUGCUGGACUUCGGGCGCCCGGAGAAGAUCAUCAUCGGGGUGAUGCUGGCGAUCAUCACGGCGGUCACCGUGAUGGGGAACACCCUCGUGGUGAUCGCGGUGUGUGUGGUGAAGAAGCUGAGGCAGCCGUCGAACUACCUGCUGGUGUCCCUGGCAGUGGCGGACCUGUCAGUGGCCAUAGUGGUGAUGCCGUUCGUAAUAGUGACGGACCUCACCGGGGGCAAGUGGCUUUUUGGGGAGGUGUUCUGCAACAUCUUCAUCGGCAUGGAUGUAAUGUGCUGCACUGCCUCCAUCAUGACCCUGUGUGUGAUCAGCGUGGAUAGGUAUCUGGGGAUUACGCGGCCUCUCACUUACCCAGCGCGGCAGAACGGUCAGCUGAUGGCAAAGAUGAUCCUGGGAGUGUGGCUGGUGUCGGCAUCCAUCACCCUGCCCCCUUUCUGUGGCUGGGCCAAAAACGUCCACACAGCCGGCGUGUGCCUCAUUAGCCAAGACAUUGGCUACACCAUCUAUUCCACAGCAGUAGCCUUUUAUAUUCCUAUGCUGGUCAUGCUGGUCAUGUACUACAAGAUCUUCAGGGCAGCUCGCAAGAGUGGUGCCAAGCACCGUUUCACCGACCUUACGCGCCGCGAACGCCUUGAAACAGUUGCUAAUGAGGCGCUUCGCAUGCAUGGCCUGAAGCCACCUGGAGUGAUGGAGGAGUGCGCUGCCUUGUCCCGCCUGCUGAACCGUGAGCGCAGAAACAUAUCCAUCUUUAAGAGAGAGCAGAAAGCAGCCACAACACUGGGGGUAAUCGUUGGGGUGUUCACCGUGUGUUGGCUGCCCUUCUUCAUCCUGUCCACUGCCAGGCCCUUUAUCUGUGGAGUGGAGUGUAGCUGCGUGCCCAUCUGGCUGGAGCGCACGCUGCUCUGGUUAGGCUACGCUAACUCCCUAAUGAACCCCUUCAUCUACGCCUUCUUCAAUCGAGACCUGCGCUCCACUUAUCGUGACCUUCUCCGCUGUCGUUAUCGCAACAUCAACCGUCGACUGUCUGCUGUCGGCGUACACGAGGCACUCAAGGUUUAAAGCCGGGAACUUCAGCUCCACAUCUUGACUGGGGCAUGGUGACAUCACUUCAGCGUGUGUGUGACUUAGUCAACCUACUUUGGAGCAGAAAAUCACAGAGCGUACUUGAUGGGCUACACAAGCCGACACUGCUAUUGUGCAUAUGCCACCAUUCUGUCCUGGCCCUGGAUUUAUGGUGGGAUAAUGUUGUGUCAAAGGAGGCGACAUGUAAAAACAAUCAUCAUUCUAGGACUUUCGCAAAGGACAGAAAGCAAAUAGAUUUCUGUAUAAUAACUAAAUUGGUGUAUGAUAAGUAAAAAACAUGUUUGUGCACAAUGACUUCUGAGUAUCUCCAUCACACAUCCCAGAUAAUUUACAACAGGAGUUAAACACGUUGAUUGUGUAUUGUGAUUUGUGCCAAGAUAUUAUUUAAUAUAACUUAAUCUCCAGUCAAGGGGUUUUCUCAUUAAAGUUAACAGGAGCACUUGUUUCACAAAUGUUCAUAUUGUGGUAAUGCAGGAUGAGUGGAGGUGGGAGGAAAAUGGUGUUGGAAUGCGCCAUGAGAGGAAGCUUUUCCAUUCAUGAAAUUAAUGUGUCUGUAGCCAAAAAAAGAAAAAGAAAGUAGUUUGUUAACUGUCUGCAUGAAUCAAAUGUGUCUUACAUGACACUGUACACAUUAAUCAUAAGAGAUUCUGAACAAUCAUUGACAGCAGAGAAGAAAUGUUGUUCAAUGUUCCACCCAAAUUGCAAAGUCCACAUUAUAAUAUGAAGUCAGUGAGUGUGUGUUUUAAUAAAACAUGUGGACUUUUGCACUGGAACCAUCUCGUUACACAUUUGGAGACUGACCUUUGUGGUCGAUGCGUCUAACUCUGCAGUUUGAGUUUAUAAAUUUACAUGUUUCUUAGACUCUUUCACUCGACUGGUUGUGACAGUGUUUCAAUUUUGUCCCUUACGAAUUAGAAUGUGGUCACUUCCCUCCUGGCUGUACACUCCCACUUGAACUCUCUGGUGACCUGUAAGAAUCUGUGUCAAAUGUCGUCAGUCGAGCAGUGUGUUGCUUUUCUACCUCGUUUUUUUGAGCGAACUGUGUGUUGAAUCCAGACAGAUGUUCCGGUGUCUUCACCAUUUUGUAAUUAACUGCAAUUUUUUAAUUGUGUAAAAUCGAUCUGCCUAUACGGUUACUCUGUGUUUGCUCUGUAUAAGGGC